AUGAAGGAGCAGGGGUGUGGCAGGCUGGCGACGUCCAGGAGACGACCCCCGCUGACCGUGGCAGUGUUUCACGACGAGGUGGAAAUCGAGGACUUCCAAUAUGAGGAGGACUCGGAGACGUAUUUCUGUCCCUGCCCAUGUGGAGAUAACUUCGCCAUCACCAAAGAAGAUCUGGAGAAUGGGGAAGGCGUGGCAAUGUGUCCUAGCUGCUCUCUCCUUACAAAAGUGACUUACGACAAAGAUCAGUCUGCGUGUGGAGAAACGGUCCCAGCCCCUUCAGUCAACAAAGAAUUAAGUGCUGAAGAAGCCUUCAGGAAUCCGAAUCCUGAACAGCUGGAAAUGAGCCCAGAUAGAAAUUUCAAACGCAAAGCUUCUGGCUUCAUGGAGACAACCAUUUGUGAUCCGCUGUUCUGCAGGAGUGUCGUGGAUUCUUUCCAUCAACUCUGCUGA